UUUUGGAUGAUGUUAGGUACAAGCUAAUUAAGGAAGUUGGUGAUGGAACAUUUGGUAGUGUGUGGCGAGCUAUUAAUAAGCUGUCUGGUGAAGUUGUUGCAAUAAAGAAAAUGAAGAAGAAAUAUUACUCAUGGGAAGAGUGUGUGAACCUGAGAGAAGUUAAGUCACUGCGGAGAAUGAAUCAUCCCAAUAUUGUGAAGCUUAGGGAAGUCAUCAGGGAAAAUGAUAUUCUUUACUUUGUGUUUGAAUACAUGGAGUGCAACCUUUACCAACUUAUGAAAGAUAGGGAAAAGCUUUUUUCAGAAGUUGAAAUCAGAAAUUGGUGCUUCCAAGUCUUCCAAGGUCUUGCAUACAUGCACCAGCGUGGAUAUUUUCAUCGUGACCUAAAGCCAGAAAAUUUGUUGGUUACUAAAGAUAUAAUCAAAAUUGCUGAUUUUGGUCUUGCACGUGAAAUCGGUUCACACCCACCGUACACGGAGUAUGUCUCAACACGCUGGUAUCGUGCCCCUGAAGUACUUCUUCAAUCAUUCUUAUAUACUUCAAAAGUUGAUAUGUGGGCAAUGGGUGCAAUCAUGGCUGAGUUAUUCACCUUACGGCCUCUUUUUCCUGGUACCAGCGAAGCAGAUGAAAUCUACAAAAUUUGUAGUGUAGUAGGUACUCCAACUAAGGAUUCGUGGCUUGAUGGGCUUAAUCUUGCAAGGGCUAUAAACUACCAAUUCCCACAGUUUGCUGGUGCGCAUCUGUCUAUGUUGAUACCAUCAGCAAGUGAUGAUGCAAUCAACCUUAUUACAUCUCUCUGUUCAUGGGAUCCUUGCAAGAGGCCAACUGCUGCAGAGGCGCUUCAGCAUCCUUUCUUUCAGAGUUGUUUUUAUGUUCCACCAUCUCUUCGUCCCAGAUCAGCUAUUUCUAGAACUCCGCCAUCUGUUGGGGUUAGAGGAACAUUGGAACAGCAAUCAGCUAGGAGGUAUUCUGGCGUCCUACCCAAUGCAAAGCUCACUGGCAAUCUUAAUUCUGUGAAGACAAAUGCAUCUUUUGGCACAGGUGUGCAACGCAAGCUGGAGAUGGUUAAUCAGGAUCCGACUAAGAAUGAUAAAUCCUUGAAGAACUCUGCCAAACAACCUAAGUAUCGCCCACCAGGAAGAAAGAGUCCAACAGUAUCAUUCAACAGGGAUAGAACUGCCCGUGGAGCUUCAGAUGUAGCGGAGAAGUUGGCAAAUGUGACUAUUGGAAAUCGCAGGCAGCCUGUUGGGCAGUUGAGGCCGCCACCAAUGAAAGCUGGAGUGCAGUGGACUGCAGAAUCUAAUGACAUGUUUCUUAGACCAACCCAACAGAUACAGUCUGGCAGAACUUUUUCCAGGAAAGUAGCGGGAUGAGAUAAGAUGGCCCAGCCCUAGCGUUAUGGUUACUUUUAUAAUAAAUAAUGGAUUUCAUUGUAUAUGGAAUCAAGGAGUCCCAAGUAUCAAACUUUGAGUGCUUUGGUUUGAGUGUCUUUCCUAGCAAAUAACAACAUAUGCACUUGGUUCUUGUUACGUUUUAAGAGACUCGUUUGUUUCUGUUCACCGUUGCUUGGAAAUAAAGUAUUGAGUUUGUAAAUGAUUUGUCUGUGGAUAUUUUAUUGUUUAAUUUUCUUUCAAUA